GAUUUCUGAUUACAAAAAGUUAACCUCAAAAGAUAAAAUCGAAACCGAUUGAAAACUGAAAAUGAAUCAUUAUAAAAAUGUAAUUUUAACUUAAGAAAUAAAUACCAUGAGUGCUAGAUAUACAUAAAUAAGUACCCAUCAGGAUACUAAUAUGAGCAGUUUAGUAAACAAACCAACCCCACCAAAGAAAGAACUAAAAUUAGCCGAUCAUGUAAAAUACGAACAUUUGAUCGCAGGCACGACUGCAGGAGUUACUUCAACCCUUAUUUUGCAUCCUAUGGACGUAGUGAAGAUUAGGUUCGCUGUAAACGACGGUAUACAUUCAACCCCAAAAUAUUCAGGAAUAUGGAAUGCCUUUUCAACCAUCUACCGAAUGGAAGGCUUCAGAGGGCUUUACAGAGGCGUAACUCCGAACGUUUGGGGUGCCGGAGCCUCUUGGGGGCUGUAUUUCCUGUUUUACAACUCGAUAAAGAACUUUAUACAAGGCGGAAAUGUUAAUACACCCCUAGGACCAGGUUACCACUUGCUAGCGGCUAGUCAAUCAGGUUUGGUUACCUUAUUUGUAACAAAUCCGAUCUGGGUUGUAAAAACCAGAUUAUGUCUUCAAGUUGGCGAAAACCAAAAAUACAACGGCACUAUAGAUUGUUUAUCAAAAAUAUACAAAUCUGAAGGUAUCGUUGGUUAUUAUCGAGGUAUCUUGCCUGGAGUUUUUGGUGUGUCACAUGGGGCUGUUCAAUUCAUGGUGUAUGAAGAAAUAAAGAAUCAGUAUCAAUAUUUUUAUAAUAAACCUAUUAGUAGUAAAUUAGGAACUCUAGAAUAUUUACUGUUUUCUGCUGUAUCUAAAAUAGUAGCAGUGAUAACAACUUAUCCCUAUCAAGUGAUAAGGGCGCGAUUACAAAAUCAACUAUAUUCCUAUGAUGGGGCUGUUGACUGUGUUAAGAGAACUUGGAAGUUUGAAGGUUGGCGAGGAUUCUACAAAGGUAUGGGCACUAACUUGUUGAGAGUAACUCCGGCAACCAUGAUUACAUUUGUUACUUACGAGAACAUCUCUCAUAUGUUAUUAAAAUACAAUAAAAAUGUCUAGAUUCAAAAUUUAGAUGACCAAUGUAAAUAGUUACAUAUUUUGUGUUUAAAUCUAAGCAAAAAGAUACUAUUUUUAAGUUU